UGUGAAAGCAUGCGUAAACAGGGGUUGGGGGUUUUGUGUGCGCAAUGUGAUACGGUGCCAGUGUGAGAAAGUUGCUCACAAGGACAGGAUUUGGAGUAAAAGAAGAAGAGGACCAGACAGAGUGACGUUAAUGGACACAAAUCCACAGAGAUUAGAGAAAGAGAGGAAGAGAGGCAGAAAAAAAGCACCAAGAAAGAGAGAGAGAGAGAGAGUGGGUGGGGAAUUACAGAGAGAGUGAAGUGUUCUCAGACCGAAAGUCGGAAUCAGUAAGAAAGAAAGCUGGCGAAGGUACACUCUUGCUUUAUGAAAUAUCCUCACCUGGAAGGACAGAUCUUUUUAAGGCUCAAUCUUUUCCUUUGUUGUGGAUUUCUAUGGACCUUGGACUACAAAUCAACCUUAAAGCUUUUGUGAAAGGAUCCAAUCUUUGUGUUUAAAUUGAACUUUAUUGGCAUUUCGUAUAUAUCUGAAAAAAAAUCGCCUGUGUGUUUCUAUCGUUUGCAUCUGACAUGGGGUUUGGAAAGGAACUGCUGGUUCUGGGGUUUGUGUGUGUGCUUCAGCAGCUGGUGUUUGGGUGUGAAGAAGGCUUCCAAAAAAUUGGCUCCAACUGCACAGAUGUAAAUGAGUGUAGUGAAGAGCCCGGCAUAUGUGGGAAUAACUCACGGUGCAGCAACACCUAUGGCAGCUUCUUCUGUGAAUGUAAUUCUGGGUAUCACAAUCCAAGCACCAAAAAUGAUUCCAAAUUCAGUGCACUGGAUGGAAGGUGUUUGGAUAUUAAUGAAUGCCUGCAAGAUAAUGCAACCUGUGGUCCUAAUACUGAAUGCAAAAAUCUGAUUGGGAGCUAUGAAUGCUCCUGUAACUUUGGGUAUGUUAACAGAAGCACCAGCAGCCCUGGACAAUGUGAAGAUAUAGACGAAUGCAUGGAAGCCAAACAAAAAGAAGAAGACAUUUGUGGAGAAAAAGGCACCUGUGCAAACCUUAAUGGGAGUUAUAUUUGCAGAUGUGAUGUAGGAUACACCAAUUAUGGCUAUGAAAGAACUCGAUGCUCAAAGCUCAAUUGUGACAGCUUUAAUGCUGGCAGCAAUCCAGUGAAGUCACUUGGAGGUCUGGCAGACAUAUUGUCCUUGAUGAGAAACAGCUGUUUGGCUCUGUCCAACCCAAGCUUUUCUGGUGGUGGGAUUGCAGAUGGAGAUGAGCUACUCGAGAAACUUUUGACAGCAACGGACUCAAUCCUGUCCCCUGGACAUGUGGAAAACAGUGAAGGAGUGAGCAGACUGCUCGGUACUGUGGAGAAGUCGAUUUUACUCAUUGGUCCUCAGAUUAAAGGCCUAACCACCAAGAUGGAUACCCAAGAGACAGAAGCAAACAUUGCAGUGAGAAGAGAAACUACCCGCCCAAAUGGACCAAUCUAUUUGACCAGUGAACAUGCUCAUCUCAAUACUGACUGGACAACAGCGGCUGGCACAGGCCCAUACCCUGGUUUUGCUUUAGCUGCAUUGAUAAGCUACAAGAACCUCGAGGGAUCUGUGAACAAAUCUUUUGAAGACCUGAAAGAAAAAGAAAAAGAUGCUGUUUCCUUCCAGGUCUUCUCUAAAGUUGUCUCUGUUGUGGUUUCCAACCCAUUUACUCAGAACCUGAGCAGCCCUGUCAACAUAACAUUUAGACAUCUAGAGGAUAUAAAACAGACCCAUGAAGUGAGAUACAUCUGUGCAUACUGGAAUGAUAGAGGAGUCUGGUCCCCAGAUGGUUGCUCCCAGAAGCCGUCCAAUGCCACGCACACUGUGUGUUCAUGUGAACAUCUGAGCAGCUUUGCUGUAUUGAUGGCCCUUUAUCCCAUGGAGCCCAGCUUUGAUCUCCAACUGCUGACCAAGAUUGGCCUGAUCAUUUCCCUUGUUUGUCUGGCACUGAGCAUCCUUACCUUCAAGUUCUGCCGAUCCAUUCAGGGGACACGCACCACUGUCCACCUGCACCUCUGCAUCUGCCUCUUCAUGGCAGACCUCAUCUUCUUGGUCGGGAUUUCUCGAACUAGACCUGAGGGUGGCUGCAAGUUGGUCGCUGCAAUGCUCCAUUUCUUCUUCUUAAGUGUGAUGACCUGGAUGCUUUUAGAAGGGGUCCAGCUGUACAGAAUGGUCGUCCUGGUGUUUAACGCCACCAUUCGGCCCCUCUACUUGUACCUCACUGGUUACGGGGUCCCUCUAGGAAUCGUUAUCAUAUCUGUGAUCAUCAGACCAGGGGGCUACGGCACUAAUGAGCACUGCUGGCUAUCCCGGGAGUAUGGCCUGAUCUGGAGCUUCUUUGGCCCUGUGUGCUUCAUCAUCAUCCUGAAUGUCUUUUUUUUCAUUGUCACUGUCUGGAAGCUCGCCCAGAAGUUCACUACUCUCAACCCAGACCUCUCCAAGCUGCACAAAAUCAAAGCAUUCACAGUCACUGCCAUGGCCCAGAUGUGCAUACUGGGACUGAUGUGGAUAUUCGGGGCGUUCUUGUUCAGCAAGGGCACAACAGUGGUCGCAUAUAUUUUCACUAUCCUCAACAGCCUGCAAGGUGCACUGAUCUUCAUCAUGCAUUGCCUGCUGUCUAAACAGGUGAGAGAUGAGUACGGUCAGCUCCUCUCUUGCAUUUGCCCAACACAGAAGAAGAUGUACUCAGACUUAAGCACCACCAAUCCCUCCAGCAGUCAAUCUCAAGGUUCCCAGAGUGGACAGAUCACAGGAGAAUCCGCAAUAUGAAGCGCUUUACCAUUUUUACUCUGCCUCAUAGACAGAAAAUCACUCCUUUAGGUUAUUAAGGCAGAGAUUGUCAAGGCUAAAGUAAGCUAGAAAAAAAGUUUCUUUUUCUGUUGCCUGCAUUUCAGUAUUUUUCAGUUAUUGAUCUUCCUACCUGCCGUUGUUGACCCAUGAAACAGCAAUAAAAAAAUCUAUGCUAUGAGUGAUAUAUUAUUUAGAAAAGAAUAAAAAUAAAUGCUAUAAAACACAAAAACCUUGAGUGAAACCAUCAGUUGGUUUCAGGAUUUUGCCAACACCAUUUAAGUUUUUUUGAAACUUGAGUUAAGGGUGAUGAGACUGUGAAUUGUGAAAACUAAGCCCUCCAACUCAGUACCUGCUCAGCUAUGCAUUCAGUUUUUACUCCUAAAGGGACCAUGAUAAUAAAAAAACAUUUUAAAGCCGAAACAAAAGAUUUAAUGAAAUAUCAAUAAUGAAUAUUUAUGGAGGUUUCAAACGAUGUAAAAGAAAUAAUUUUUAACACAUUUGAACUUUCGCCCCCUGCUGACCAUUAGAACAAAGAUAAUUUUAAAUGAAAUGUCUGCAGAAAAAUAUAAUUUAUUUUUUAAGCACAUUGAUAGAAAAAAUUCUGAUGGAGCUUAAAAACAAGUAUUACUUUGUGACUGUCAAACUUGCAUUGGGCUGAUAUUUUAUUAUUAUUAUUAUAUUUUUUUUUUAAAGAAUAAGAUACCAAAAUCCAGUUAAGACAUAAAUAUUCCUCUCAAUUAAGUCAUUAGUCAAAGGGUUUGAUUGGUAUCAUUCUAUUUCUCUCUAUUUUUAAUCACACUCCCAAAAGAACAAGCUGUAUGUAAUGUAACAUAUACUGUAAAAUGCUCCAGAUGAUUUAAAAAAAAGUGAGCCUUAAAACAUGUUUAUUCAGGAGUUCUUUGAGUUAAAGUGAUGUUACCUUAGCAGCUCAUGCAGAACAUAUCAUAGUUAUAAUACCUUCAGAGCAACUAAAACUGAGUUUUAUGGAUUUAGAUAUAUUUAUCUCAGAGUGCGGACAAUAGAAGUUAAUACACAUGAGCAGUUCGUUUGCGCUGUAUUUCAUGUAAAUGUUCAAUGUAAAAUUAUUUUUGCUGUUGUUUGUUUGUGCCUACCGUCGGGGAACAAGAUACAGAAUACGUUAAAUCUAUUGUCUAAAAACAUUUCUAACCGUGCUGUUGACAUGAAAUCCACACCAAAUGUUGGUAACAAUCUGAGUAAUCCUCAAAUGUUUGCCAUCACUUUAGAUUAAAACAUCACCAUCUCCCAGUACAGUACAAAUAAACAAAUAUAAUAUGUCAUCAUAUUUACCACUAUUUUCUUAAUUUCUGCAAUGAAACGGACACAAAUGCAGAGUAUUCACAACUUAAGAAAGGAUGAAAUUCAUUCAUAUUAAGCCAAAAGGGUUGCCUGGGAGUUUCAGUUUAUGCUUUCUGGAAUUUUUAAAGCCUUUUUGUGGACCCCUUAAAUUUUUAAUUCUACUUCUAAGCUUAGACCACUUUUAUCCCACUAACAGUUGCUUGGUUUAUACGGGGGCUACGUGUACCCUAAACAUUGACUUAUGGGUAAAAGUGGUCUAUGUGUAGCUUUAAUGCUGGUAUCAGGCCAUUUGCUCUGUGUGUAGAUCACAAAUCAUUUACCAGUUAAAACAAUAAACUGAAUUUGAUUACACUGUAUUAUCACUAGGAUCGGAUUAUAAUGUAUGUAAUGGAAUUUGAAUCUGGCUCAGCUACUCGACUGAUUUGAUUAUAUAAAAUGGGCUGUUUGUCUUUUUAAGGGCCUUUGAUGACAUUUUGAAAUCAAUGUAAUGCUGAAAAAUCUACCCUGUCAUCCAUUUUUCAAUUUGAACUCUUGCACUACGAUAUGCUGAAAGACAACCUUACAUCAUAAUGUUCUCACUUCCAAACUUCACUUUUGGUAUGAAGUAAAGUAUGUGCAAUGCCAUUCCUUCGCCAAACAUGGUGUGUGCCGUGACAUCCACAUAUUUCAGUUUUGGUCCCAUCGGACCAGACUUUUUUCACAAAGCAUUUCAUUGGCUUGUACACAUGUUCUGCAGCUAUCCUUAAAUGAGCUUCAACAUGUGUUUUCUUCAUCAGUGGAGACUUGCGCACAGUGAACGUGUAUAGAACCCAAUGGAAGUUUGGUGAAUCACUAUUGCCUUCAUUGAAAAACUGAAUCUCCUAAGAUCAGGUCUUUCUGAAGCUCUCUGCUAGUGGUCCUUGGCUCUCAGGCAACUCAUUUGAUUAUUCUUUUGACUCUUCUGUCAAACAUCUUCAGAAAAGCACCUAGAUGAUUUAUUUUUCUUUUUUCCACUUCUGGACUAUGACUCCAGUUGUGUUGACUAAAACAUUCAGAACUUUAUUUCAUUUCAGUUCACUUACGUUUUUUUCUGUAGCGGCAGUUCACAAAUGCCAUCUAAAGACACUUUUCAAGACAUACAGAUCCAAUUUAUACACAGCUUUAUAUACUGAUUGUAGUACUAGUAAUAAUAUAAUGUAGUCAAGUUCAGUUUGUAAUAUGUUUUGCAACAAAAAGGAUCCAAAGAUCUUGAAGGAUCACUUUGGUUUUACCCAUUAUGACAUGUUCUUGUGGAAUAUCUUGGUAAUGAGACACCUUUUAAUCAGCCACCAACAGCAUUUCUUCCUAAAUAUUGACCAAUUUCAUCAGAUUUCUAUACUUCCAAAGCCUUAUUUGGCUUUUUAUUUUUUAAUACAUUAAAUAAUUAUUCCCUGUUUAAUUAUACUUUAUUAAACAUAUUCUAGACAAUUUUGUGGCAAUUUCUUUGCAUUUGUGGAUAACUUGUGGCUAUCACCAGCAUCCAGUGUGAAUUUUAUGCCAGUAGCUCAUUUAGAAACACAUUUAAGUGUUUGUUACUUAUUGUCGCGGCUGCAUUUCUGUGAUAUUUGUUUUCAUGUACUGUAAUAAAACUGUUGUUUUUUAAUAGGACAGAAACUCACACAUACCCCCUGGAUUUCACCUAACUCCCCUCCUGUUGUACCUUUUAAUUUAAAACAAAAUGAGUGAUAUAUUGUUUUAAUCACUCAUGGCUAAUGUUAAACAUCCCAUCUUGGCGUAUGACUGAGAUGUGCUCUUUUAUUAUUAUUAUUCUAGUCAUUGCAGACCAAGUAAACACAUUUGGGACUGAAUAACAGCUUUGGUACUGAAGAAAAACAAGCCCACCCUUCUGAUUGGGUGCAGCGGCUUCCUCCCUCAUGCUGUUUAUUUUAUAAAUGUCCAUUUAUUGAUUGCAUUCUUAUUUUGGCCCUUGUGUGUGUCCAAAAAAUUUUAGUUCCUGUAAGACUGAAGCCUUAUCACUAAAAUGAGAGCUUAGACAGCUAUGGGAUUUGUACAGACGUAAGUUUGUUUAUAUUAUUGCACUUCUCCGUCGUAAAAAAAUUAUUCAGUACAGCUAUAGCGUUUCAUAUUGUUAUGUAAUAAUAAACGCAGUUGCAAACAUACACAGCUGUAAACAUAAAUUAAAAUUUUCCAUCAUUUACAGAUGUUGAAUAAAACCUGGAAAAAAACAUUUUCAUAACAAAUGAGAGAAUUUCAGAUCUCUCUUUUUAGUAACGUUUGGUGUUAUCUUCCUAUUUAUAUUAGGUUUUAAAUUUUAACCCUUUGAAAGUUUGUUUUAGCAGCCGAAUUGUUGUUCUUUGGUUUGUAAUUGCUACUGUUUUUAUUACUAUUGUAAAAAGCCUUUUAAUUCAUGCAAAACAAAAAUUGUAUUUAUGUAAAAAAGCUACCUGCAGCUUUUCAUGAAUGUAAGAAUCGUUAUUGUUAGAGUAUACUAUAGCUGCAUUUAUAAAUAUGCUUAUUUUUUUACUUUGGUCCACUUUAUACUAUUUGGUACUUUUUUCUUCAAGAAAUAUUGUUCACAAUUUUGAAUAAAGAUUUUUCUUCAUGUGAAAACUCUU